CGUCUGACCGACGCGAGAGCUUGAUCGAGGCAUUGAACGGGUUGAACCUUGAACCGUGACGAUUGAUUGCAAUGUAGAUUAAAAGAUGUUUUGGCUCAACAAUACCAGUUAACAGUUAUUGAAAUUUAAACUAAUGCUGGCGACAUUAGUUUCACCGACCGAAUUCAUCUAUGUGUUCACAGCGAAAACGAACUGUUCGAUUUGAUUUGAAAAUUCUGCCGAGUUUUCAAACGCAGCCACGACUCCCGCGACAAUGCGACAGGUCACGUGUUACUCAGUGAUUCGAAUGUCUAUGUUGGCAAUCCUGUCAGCGGCAAGUUCACUCUGUUCACUACGUUUCGCAAAAAUUAGAGCCGUUUCCCUUGCGCUCUGCUUCUUUUCGCGUUAUAAUUAUUUCUCAUUACGGACCAAUUAGAGAUUUUGAUCUGUGGAUUCGAUUAACUUAAUCGGCCGUCAAGAUGAAAAAAUCUUACGAGGAUAUGAUGCGUCAGAUUAACAAGGCGCAAAUGGAACUGAAAAUCAAACUUGAACAAGUGUCGAGACUGCGGAUUGAUUGCGCUAAGCUGCAGUUGGAACUGCUGAAGCUCUACAAGCCGCAAUGUUUGGAGAUACUGGAAGUAUUACGGAACGUUUCUGCGCCCGUGGAUUUCUCUAACGGCGAUGUUAUCGAAUCACGCAACGACAAUCAGUUAUGCACGUUGCAAAACUAUAGCAGGAUAUGCGCCGAGGGUAACGAAGUCCAUCGCACGAAUGAAGACGAGGAAGUCCACGACGUAACAUCACGAGAUAAGUCUCCAGAUCAACACAGCGUUUUGUAACUUCACUCUGAUAUUCAUGAAAAAAUUAUGGAAAAACUCAAACUUAAUAUCAGAACUCAUUGAAUUUAAAAUUAUAUCGGAGAGAGAAAACAUCAAGCAGAAAGUAACAGUUAGAUCAAAAGAACUGCUGAGAAGGAGGAAAGAAAUAAAGUAGAAAUAGCUUUUCCAUCUUUUAAUUAAAAAUCCGAAUAGAAUUAAAAGAAAUUAGUUAAAUACUAUAAUAAAAUAAUAAUUAUAAAGUAGUUAUAAUUAAGUAAUUAAUAAAGAGGGUUUAAAUUAAAUACAAAUUA